GCAGGUAAAGUUCUCUCAUCAACAGGAUCACUCAGCAACCAUGAGGUCUCUGGUGUUUGUUCUGCUCAUCGGAGCUGCUUUUGCUUUGGACGAUGACAAGAUCGUCGGAGGGUACGAGUGCCAGCCCUACUCUCAGCCCCAUCAGGUGUCUCUGAACGCUGGUUACCACUUCUGUGGUGGAUCUCUGGUCAACGAGAACUGGAUUGUGUCCGCCGCUCACUGCUACAAGUCCCGCAUUGAAGUGCGUCUUGGAGAGCACAACAUCCAGAUCAAUGAGGGAACCGAGCAGGUCAUCAGCUCUUCCCAAGUCAUCCGCCAUCCUAACUAUGACUCCUACACCAUUGACAAUGACAUCAUGCUGAUCAAGCUGAGCAAGCCCGCCACCCUCAACCAGUAUGUGCAGCCUGUGGCUCUCCCCAGUGGCUGUGCUCCUGCUGGAACCAUGUGCAAAGUCUCUGGAUGGGGCAACACCAUGAGCUCCACUGCUGACAAGAACAAGCUGCAGUGCCUGGAAAUCCCCAUCCUGUCUGACAGGGACUGUAACAACUCCUAUCCUGGAAUGAUCACUGACUCCAUGUUCUGUGCUGGAUACCUGGAGGGAGGCAAGGACUCCUGCCAGGGUGACUCUGGUGGCCCUGUUGUGUGCAACGGUGAGCUGCAGGGUGUUGUGUCCUGGGGCUAUGGAUGUGCUCAGAAGGACAACCCCGGUGUCUACGCCAAGGUCUGCAUCUUCAGCGACUGGCUGGCCCGCACCAUGGCCUCCUAUUAAACCAGAUCCUUCUUCAGCCAUCCAACACUGCUGCAGUUCUUCUGUCAGUCUAUCUGAUCUGAUAGCUCUUGGUUUGUGCAGAACAAUGUGUCAACAGAUUUCCACAAAUCAAUAAAAAUCUUAACAUCAAA